AUUCAAGAGUCCACAUACUUGCUUCAGAUGAGAAAAAUGACCAGUCCCCUUCCAAGCAGCUGCGACAUGGGGACUUCACUGUAGUUCGAGGGUAACUAUAGAUGGAGAUGAGUCUCCUUCCGCCUCAAAGUCUCCUCUCUGUGGAUGCCUCAAAAUGUCAAGCAGGGUCCGAGUUUCGGCCACCCAUCCGACGGUCUAGCCCACUGCAGGAUGCAAGAAAAAAAGGCCCCCAGAAACACCAGGGCGGAGUGACCAGGCACGCGUGCGGCCUUCUGGGAAUUGUAGUCAAGUCUCCGCCCCGAUCAGGCCCCGCCCACGGAAUUACGUUCCCGUCGCGCCCUGCGGCGGUAGGCGGGGCGGCCCGGUUGCUAGGACUUGGAGAAGCGUGGCGUUCGCGCGGGCGUCCCUCAGGUGGCCCCUUGUGUUUGGGCGCCAGCACAGAGAUGGCAGGAAAGGAGAACAACUUCCCGCCCCUGCCACGCUUCGUGCCGCUGAAGCCCUGCUUCUACCAGGACUUCUCCGAUGAGAUUCCCGUGGAGCACCUCACACUGGUCAAGAGGAUCUACCGGCUGUGGAUGUUUUACUGUGCUACUCUGGGUGUGAACCUGGUGGCCUGCCUGGCCUGGUGGAUUGCGGGUGGAGCGGGAACCAACUUCGGCCUGGCCAUGCUCUGGCUGCUUCUCUUCACUCCCUGCAGUUAUGUGUGCUGGUUCCGGCCUGCAUAUAAGGCCUUCCGGGCUGACAGCUCCUUUAACUUCAUGACAUUCUUCUUCAUCUUCGGGGCACAGUUCGUCCUGACAGUCAUCCAGGCCAUCGGCUUCUCAGGCUGGGGAGCGUGUGGCUGGCUGGCAGCUGUUGGAUUCUUUGCGGUCAAUGUUGGGGCUGCCGUGGUCAUGCUGGUCCCAGCCAUCUUGUUUUCCUUGUCCGCUGCCACAAUGGCCAUCACACUUGUGAAGGUACAUAGGAUCUACCGUGGGGCUGGUGGAAGCUUCCAGAAGGCACAGAGCGAAUGGAACACUGGCACCUGGAAGAACCCCCCGUCGAGGGAGGCCCAGUUUAACAACUUCUCUGGGAAUAGCCUACCCGAGUACCCGACUGUCCCCAGCUACCCCAGCGGAGGCCAGUGGCCUUAGGCAUCUUGCUGGCCUCAAAACCAUGGCUCUGUCUGCUGCCACCACCGUUGGUCCUGAAGUCUGUGCAUCUCCCCGGGUUCCAAGGAGGCCCUUGGCCUGUGUUCCCCUCCUGCCUGAGCCUUCAGCAAGCACUGCUCUGCACGGAGGAAGGAAGGGAGCUGGCAAACCCCGGAUAAAACAGUAUCUGUUUAUUUGGGACACAAUGAGGGUGAAGAGCCACCGCGGUCGUCUGCCUUGGACAUGCAGAAUGCUGCUCAAGUCUCAGACCACCACGGGAGAGAGACAGACACCCCGCCUCUUCCUGUAAGGGAGAGCCAUUCCCUAAGCUGGUGCCCAACUAUUGGCGGGAUGAAGUCCACUACACUGCCCAGCAGCCAUCGCCCACUGCCACCCUCCCAGGCCAGGCUGUGUGCCUGGCUCCCACCUGACGAGGGUGGGGACCCAGCCUGUCUAAGGAGUGGCCCGGAGCCCCGGGAUCCUGUCUUUUGUGACACUGUGGGUGGAGACAGGAGCAUGGCUGUUGUGACUGCCUUCUCAGCUCUACCAUGCGUCCACCCUGCGCUCCUCUGGUGACAGGAUCCUGCAGCUUCUUUGUUCGGUCCCUAGUGGCAGUCUGCUGUCCCUACCACCAUCCAGACCUCUCGCUCCAGGAGGCUCCCCCUCUCUGUGGGAGGAGAAAGACAGGCUCAGCUGCUCAGCUGCAUGGCAGCCGUGCCCACCACAGACGCCAGCCAGGACCCGAGGCCCCUGGUCUGACAGACGCGUGCCUUAGACAGAACCCUGCUUCCCCUCACUCACCCCCUGCUUCCCCUCACUCACCCCCUGCUUCCCCUCACUCACCCCCUGCUUCCCCUCACUCACCCCCUGCUUCCCCUCACCCCCUGCUUCCCCGGGGCAGCUGUGAUUUUGCCAGGAGAACGAAACCGAGUCUUGGGCUGUCCAUAGCACCCCCUGUGACCCGCUGGUGCGACUAGCUCAGUCACUGCAGUCCCCAGGCCUCCCCACAAGUCAUGCCCCUCCUGUGCUGGUGUCCCACCAAACUGCCUGGGCACCUGACCUGUUCUGUGCCCCAGAGGGUCCAGGAUAGAGAGUUGCAGGCAGGCACCUUGAGGCCCCAUCUCAGAUGGUCACGGGGAUGGAACCCAGUCCCCACCCUUGAGGGGAUGUGCCCUCAAGACACCUGCAGCUCUGCCCUGCGCACCCCUGAGAAUGUGCACCCACAUGCCAUAGUUGGUUUUGUAAUAUGGGAAUAUUCUGGAAAUAAAUUCUUUUUCUGCA